CACAUUUUAUCUCCAUUUCAAUUGUUGCCAGCCAUGUCCAACCCUAUCAAUUCUGUCGCACAGGCCGGUGCCUCUGGUAGCCUCGGUAUCGCGGUUCUGAAGGAGCUUGUUGAGAGCGGCUUUGACGUUCGUGUCCUCUCACGGCAGGCGGGCAAGGUCCCUGCCGCCUUCUCGAGCCAGGUCAAGGAGGUUGUGGUUGACUACGACGAUCCCGAGUCCCUUCGGAAAGCCCUCGCCGGUGUCAACGCUGUCAUCUCGACUCUCGGAGCCCCAGCUGUUGGCAAUGCCCAACGCGCCCUUGUGGAUGCCGCAGUCGCCGCUGGUGUCCAGCGCUUCAUUCCGUCCAAUUUCGGAUGUGACCAGCAGAACGCUCUCACCCGCCAGCUCCCCGUCUUCGCCGAAAAGGUGAAGACUGAGGAUUAUCUUGUCGAAAAAGCCGAGUCUUCGUCGCUCAGCUAUACCUUCUUCUACAACAACCUAUUCCUUGAUUGGGGCUUGGCCCAUGGUUCUAUUGCGAAGAUCAAGGAUAGAGAAAUUGUCCUUUACAACGGCGGUGAUGCCCCUAUCAGUUUCACACGGCUAGCUACUGUCGGUAAAGGCAUCGUUGGCGUCCUGAAGAACCCGAUUGCCACUAAGAACCGCAGCAUUAGAAUCGAAGAUGGCAAGAUUUCCUUCAAGGACAUUGCUUCAGUGCUCCAAGAUGCAAUUCCAGGCUCGUGGAGUCUCAAAGAGGCGGACACCAAUAAGCUCAAGGAGUCGAGCGACGAAGCCUUGAAGAAGGGCAUCCUAGAGGGAUGGGUUUGGUUCAAUUAUAUCCUCCAAGGCGGGACCAAUGCCAAGUAUGGCCCUGGCUUUGAGAAUCCCGACAAUGACCUGCUGGGGGUUCCAAAACUGUCGGAUGAGGAGUUGAAGGCAUUGAUCAAAGAAAUUGCACAGCAACAGGUGUAGCCCACGUCCGCGGCUUUAGUCUAGGCUUCUGGGUCGGUGCUGGAUUAUAA